CAGUCUCCUCAGCAGGACAGCAUAGUGUGUUCACCGGGCUAAGACCAGAAACCCAGGAGAAGCUCAGGAGACCAGCGGGGACCGUCAAGGAUGUCCAAAAAUCAAGAGUUCAACUGAGAUGCUGAGGUUACAUCUCUUGAAAAAUGGAGUGGAGCUUAUCACCAGAAGGCCAUUGAGAGGCUCAGGUACAGGAUAACUUUGCAAUUUCUGCAGAACCGAGGAUAUUUAUUUCAAGACGCCUGCACAAAGACAGGUAGGCCUACUGCUAGUUUUACAAAAUGCCUCUGGAGACUCUCCAACGGCCAGUGAGGCAACCAGCGAGUACUGCUAUAGCUGCUACACCACCACGCCUGCGGCCCAAAGGGCCAGUGGGGCCAGACUUCUACCGGCAGUUCCCGACAGCAUCAGGCAGACCAAAGCAGAGUGCGGUGGAGAGGCUGGAAGCAGACAAGGCCAAAUAUGUCAAGAGUCAGGUGGCUCUUUCCAAACAGCAGCCAGUCAGGCCUCCUGACGUGCAGAAGCCUCUGCUGAACCCCACCACUGCGCUGCGGCCCACCAGGAGGACACCCACCCCAACAAAAACAAAGAAAGAGGGAGUCCAGCUCAACUUGGAGCACCUGAGUAACCUGAUCAGCGGUGUGAAUGAUGGACCCCAGUCCAGUGCUACGAUAGACUCAGGGGACAGUAAAGCUCCUGAUUGUGCCACCACUUCACGCAGCUCUCCUUGCUCCACACCUGCGGGGGCAGAACAGAAAAAGGAGAGGCCGUGUCCACCGCCCCGUCCUGACUGGUCCAGUCCAGCAAAGGUGAGGUUAAAAGCCUCCGGACCUGCCAAGGUGGAGAGUCCCGGCUCUCCUGGGUCUCCGGCUGCAGGGACUGUUCGCAGAGUGGACGUCAUGCCUCAGGCCAGCCCGCAGUGCAGACCACCCCUGUACAUCCGGCAGCCCCUUCAGCCCGUAGCUUUACACUCCCAGUUUCCACUCCGCCCGGCAGCUUCACACCUCCAUCUGUUCCACACUAGAACAACAACAGGUCCUCUGAAACCUGUUGUUGCUCCAUUGAAACCUGACAACCACCCCUCCUCUCCAUCUGGAACCCCCAUCUCUCCUCCACCUCCCCACAACCUCCCUCUUUUCCCUCCCUCCUCUCCAGCGAUUACGCGAUUGUCCUCCUCCAGCUCCAGGAAACGCCCGUCGCUGACCCGGUCCAAGUCAGACAUGAGUGACCGGUGUUCCCGAGCCGGGACGGAGCUGGAGCGCUUCUUCAACCUGUGUGGUUUGGACCCAGCAGACCUGCAGGAGUGGACCGGAUCUAGUUCUGACAUCGUGUCCAUGGCCCGUUUCCGCAGUGUGAGCGCUCCCGGGUCCGAGUGUGCAGGCACCGUCAAAGAGGAUGAAGAUGAUGAGGAGGAGGAUACUGGAAAUGCCGCAAGCCGUGUUCCCUACGGUGUUUCCGUCAUCGAGAGAAAUGCUCGAGUCAUCAAAUGGUUGUAUGGACUCCGGCAUGCCAAGGACAAUGCAAGCAACAGCACCACCAAUUUAUAGGCUGGUGUGAUGAUGGUCUGGAACAAGCUUAAAAACAAAACAAAGAUUUAAAAAAUGGCAAAAUGCAGGAAGUGAUGGGAUCCUGUCAUUAAACGGGUAGAAAACUGAUGUGAUGAUACACUGAUGGGUGCUAAGAUGACCGCCAAGUAAUUCACUUGUAUUUAGUUCCUUAGUUCAGUUUACAAAAUUAUAAAUUGAUGGAAAGUUUUUGUGUCUCACAGUGAGGAUGUCGAGGUGUCGACGGUAUUAAAGCUUGAAUGAUGCACGCAUCUUGUUACUCAGUGAUUUGUUUUGAGUUUCAAUGGGAUCUGAGCAUGAGGUCAAACUGCAGGUCCAUUUUAAUGCAUGUAUGGAAUGUGUGAAGUUCCUUUGAAACUAUUCUUCCUGUUGCCAACCGUGAUAUUGCUGAUGAUGAGACUGUCAGGGAGGUGAAGAACAGGAUCGACGGGAUCAGCAGCUUUCAGUUGAUGGAGGAAAGUUUCACUGCUGUUCCACAAGAGGUCAGAGCGGUCCAUACUGACACACUUUGUUCUGUAUCAGUACUGGAACAUCUGAUUUCUUACUUCUCUUACUUCAUCUUCUGAUUUUCUCACUAAAAACAGACUAAACGUAAGAAUUUAAUCAGUGCAGGAGUGCAGAUUGCUUCAUGUUUAGCCAAUGGAAUCAGAAUCAAAAUACUUUAUUGAGCCCAGAGAACUGAUCCCAGUUCAGUUGCAGUUGCUCCCAUUGUAAAGUAAUGAGUAAGUGAAUAAAAUAGAGAUAGGAAAUGAGAAAUAUAUUAAAGAAUGUGUAAAAAUAUGUACACUAUACUUCAAUAUAAAGUCAACCAUACAUGAUAAUAUGUAAACUAUGUGAAUUAUGCUAGAAUAAAUGGCAACCAUCUGUCUAUCUAAACUAAUUUCCAGUUCAAAUCUGUCAUUUUACCCAGAAAUCAAUCUGAAGUUUGAAAGGGCUCUCAGUAAAAACUCUGAUUACUACUCAUUAACAGAUCGUGUGUCAAGGAACACAUCACCUCCAUUAUAGAACUGCUGUUGAGCAACUUUAUUCAUUCUCACUGUAAAUGUGAGCAGGGGGGCUGGAUAAGAGCACCUCACUUUCAAAGACAAGGAGCGGUAAAACCAGAUUCCAGCAUCAGAUGAAUGGGACUCGAGUGUGUCCGUGGAGACUUACUGUUGUCUAACACAGGCAGUGGACGAUUGUAGCUCCACAUGUGGUUUUAUGCUUUCAAAUGAUGAGUUGUCUUAAGGAUUUUACAAAUCAAGCACAGACGUUAAAGAAUCGGUUAUUUAAUCAGACCGAGGACAGAAGCUCAUGCAGCGGAGGUCAGCGGAGGGUAAGUUUCCAAAUGAAAUCCAUCUGCUUUUGCAUUCGUGCAAACAAAGCAGGAAAAUAUUAAUCUUUGCAGCGUAGAUUGUGGAUUGUAGUCGUUCAUAUUUCUCCAGCAAAACUGUUUUUUCAUGCAUUUCUCUCUCAGAUUUAUAACAGCUGUCCUGCAGUUUUUGGGGUUGUUUUGGUGCAGAAAAUCCCAAAUUGUGUUUCCAUUUGAAAAUAUUACUGAUGACUGAAGCACAAAAUGCUCCUAGCUCAAGGGAGCGGAAUGAAAAACAACCUUCUUGUUCAACACGGAGCAUCAGAUCAGUUCAAACCUGCAGUAAUUCAAUGGAUCUGUUGUAAUGUUCUGCAGCAAAUGAGGCGACACGAGAGAACUUCAAACGUUCUCCAACCUGCUUCCGCUGUGUGAAGAAAACUGUGUGAACAGAAGCAGAAAUCAUUAAAAGCUGGAUGGCAGAGGUGCACUGAACAAAUGUGGGAAAUAUUUGCCUCCACCUUCGUUCACAGGGGUCGGGGGGGAUUCCUCUGGCCAGGAAGAUGUGCUAUGCUGUGGGUGGGGUCCCAUAUCAGAUUACCACAGUAGCUAUGGGUGUUUCCCUGCAGAUUUUUCUUCUGGAUGUUGUGCAGGUAACGUUACCACUCGUCAGUUUCUUCUUAGU